AUGUUUGAAGGAUCCGUGGCGUCCUUCUUCUCCACGCCUUUCUUCCGAGGGGACUCGCGGCAAAGCCUUGGCCUGGAAGGCCCGGGCUGCGAGCCCCUGACGGAUGACUUUGACUACGAGUUCGAGCUGCUUUCAUGCUGGAAUCGAACUGCGAAGCAUUCAGCCAAGGUGACGAAGUUCCACCGCCUGGUGACCAGAUCAUCUUUGAGCAAGCAUUUCAGCGACUUCCCCGAGGAGCUUCAAGAUGGGCAGGCAAUCUUUGUCAUCAAGCCGUUUUCCGCCAAGAAGAUCACCUGGGACUUGCUGAUUUGUUGUAUCGUCCUGCAUGAUGGCAUCGUGCUGCCGCUGCAGCUGUUGGGCAUUGAGGUUUCCACGUCCGAUAUGCUGGCAUGGCCACUCACGCUGGCCUGGACUGUUGACUUGGUCGUGUCUAGCAUCAUCACCUUCGAGCGUAAUGAUGGCACUUGGGAGACACGAGUGCGGUAUACCUUCCGGCGAUAUUUUGCAGGCUCCUUCUUGCCUGACUUUGUGCUUGCAGCCUUGGCAUGGGUGGAGCGCUUCACAUUCUCGCAGAGCUUCAAGUUCCUGCGGAUCUGCCGGCUCUUCCGGCUCUACCGCAUCGAGGCGAUAAUACAGCUGGUCUCUAACAACAUCCGUUCCGAACGAGCGGUGCUGUGCAUCGGCAUUUCAGGCAAGAUCAUGUGGCUGGCCGUUUUCCUCCAUUUCAUUGCCUGCCUUUGGCUCAGCCUUGGGCGGCAGGAGGGCGGCUGGGUCUCGUACCACAAACCGGGCAUCGCAGACAUCCAGCAGUACAGCAUUGCCUUCCACUGGACCCUUGCGCAGUUCCAUGGAUCCAUGGAGCUUUAUCCUGUCACGGUGGAGGAGCGCAUUUUUGCAUUCUGCUACUUGCUAAUGGCCUACAUUUUGGCCGUGGUGUUCAUAUCAAGCAUGACGUCGGCCAUGACCAGGUUGUAUCUCAUCACCGGGAUACAGGCAGGACACCAGCGCGUGCUGAGGUGGUUUCUCAUUGACAACGGAAUCUCAAGGCAGCUGACGGCGCGGAUCCACUCGAACUUGAAAGCCUCCCUUACGGCCCAGUCCCAUGCCGUCCCAGAGACUGAGGUGGAGUUCCUGCAGCUGGUGUCGGAGAACCUUCGGAUGGAGCUCCACUGCGAGAUGUAUGGGCCUGCGCUGCGGCACCAUCCGUUGCUGGCGCCCAUGACAGCGCAGAUGGUGAAGCAGCUGUGCCACACAGCGAUUUCCCUGGCUCUUAUCUCGCAUGGCGACCUAGUUUUCAUUCAAGGCGAGGUGCCGGUGGAACCGCGGAUGGUGUUCAUCACGGAUGGAGACCUGGUUUAUUUCCGCAGCGGGAAGUUCGAGUCGAUGUCUGUCCAUCCGGGCGACCACGCUGCAGAACCGGUCCUGUGGACAGAUUGGCUCCAUCACGGCACUCUACGGGUAGCAUCUAUGCGUGUGAGGCUCCUCCUCCUGAGCGCGAAAACGUUCCAAGAGCUGGCCCAGAAGAACACCUGCCCGGAGAUUGAAUCUUGUUCGCAAGGUUCCAUCAUGCGGCUAGGCCCAGUACCAGUGGCCUACCACCUGGUGCCGGCACAAGCUUUGGAGGUGGCAGGAUGGCAGUCCUUGGCCACACAUCCCGGAGCAGAGGCGGCGCUAUGCUGCCGCUUCAUCGCCUCCUUCUGCGUGGCUGCCAUAGCUUGUCAUAGGGAUGCGGCGAAAGCUUCUGAUGCGGAGCUAACUGUGCUGGAUCCCAUUGGUGACACUCGAGCAUUCCUGGAGAACCACAUCAACGCCUUUCUGCAACAAAGCGACGCCAUGGCUUUGCCGAAGAAACUAGACCAGGACGGCUCCUGCGCCCGGCGGCUGCAGCAGCUGCUCAUGAGCCAGGCGCCUUCCAGGACUGAAGCGCACUGGAAUUGGAAAGUGGCCAAGCUGCCGAUCGCCGACUCGAUCGCUGCCAGACAAGGCAUUGCCGGAGUGGACCUGUACAAUGGACAUCCGACCAUAGCUACGUAUUUCGGAGCAUAUUGCAUGGAUGGGCUGGCGAUGGCUCUCUGGGCACUCUGGAGCUCCAACAGCUACUCCAGCGCAGUGCGGGCCGGUGUCAACUUGCUCGGCGACGCCGACACCGUCGGGGCCAUCGUCGGCCAGAUGGCCGGGGCCCUCUAUGGCUGGAAGCAGAUCAAGUCAGAGGCCUUCUCCGAGCGCUGUGUCAGAAACCUGAAGUACUGGGACAAGUGCGCCGAGAUCGGACUGCGAGCAGCUUUGCUCUACCAUCUUGGACCUCGUCCUCGCGGAUCAUUGAAGCCCGCAGACGGCGAGUCGAAGGCGAAACUCUACCAGCGACCGAGUGGAGACGUCCCGCUUGCCGGCGAACUUCCGGCUGGUGAGUGGGUGACCUGCGUGGACGCGGCCAAGGACUUCGUCUGCGUCUCGCACGAGGGCAGUGGCCUACAGGGCUGGGUGCCGAAGAAGAGCAUUGCUGACUGGGCUCCUGCAGCGGGCACAGAGGAGCUGUCCUUGUUCGUCGUCAGCGGCACAGAG